GUCCGGCUUUCUCUUUCUCACUCAAAAUUUCUCGAGAACCAAACAUAACAAACCAAAACAGAGCAUCUCCAUUUCCCAAAACCACCCCCCCCCCCACUUCUCUGUUUUCUCUCUGUUCUCUUACCACCAAAACAAUCCCUACUGGCCAUGCAGUGAUUCUAGAACCCCCACCACCGGCAAAAUGGGAACUGCGACAUCCUCCAUGGCCGCCAAAUUCGCCUUCUUUCCUCCCAACCCGCCGUCAUACGCUGUAUCCGCCGACCAGUCAUCCGGAAAGAUGGAGAUGAUGAUCUCCGAUGUGAUUCAACGAAGAGAUAACGUGGAUAUCUUGAAGCUAAAUACCAAGAAAGGGAACGAGAUCGUGGCCAUGUACGUAAAGAACCCGUCUGCUUCACUGACCCUGCUAUAUUCUCAUGGAAAUGCCGCAGAUAUUGGCCAGAUGUACCACAUUUUCUCCGAGCUUAGCCUUCACCUCAAUGUUAAUCUGAUGGGAUACGAUUAUUCUGGGUAUGGACAAUCCUCUGGAAAGCCAAGUGAGCAGGACACAUAUGCAGACAUAGAGGCAGUACAUAAAUGUCUCGAAGAAACAUAUGGGGUAAAGCAAGAAGACACAAUACUGUACGGACAGUCGGUGGGGAGCGGACCAACACUGGAACUGGCGGUCCGGUUGCCUCAUCUGAGGGCGGUGGUUCUUCACAGUGCAAUCCUGUCUGGCCUCCGCGUCAUGUAUCCUGUCAAACGUACAUUCUGGUUCGACAUUUAUAAGAACAUUGAUAAAAUUCCUCUCAUUGACUGCCCAGUUCUAGUCAUCCAUGGAACUGACGAUGAAGUGGUGGAUAUUUCCCAUGGGAAGCAGCUAUGGGAGUUGUGUAAAGAGAAGUAUGAGCCUCUAUGGCUCAAAGGAGGAAACCAUUGUAAUUUAGAAUUGUAUCCAGAGUACUUGAGGCACCUCAGGAAGUUCAUAUCUGCCAUAGAGAAGCUUCCACCACGGCUUUCCCCCACGCCGACUACCACAGAACUUGAAGUAGAGAAAUCCAGGCCGAGCACUGAGCAGAAAGAGAAGGGCAGGGCAAGUACAGGGCAGAGAGAAAAGUCCAGGCUGAGCACAGACAGUAGAAGAGGCAGCACUGACCGGAGAGAGAAGUCAAGGAAGAGCAUUGAUCGGAAUGUUAAGGCCAGGAACAGCACAGACCUUUCUGAAAGAGCAAGGAACAGUUUCGACAGGUUUGGGGACAUGGUGAGGUCUGUUGGAUUGUGCAAUGUUGAUUGUUUGAAGCAAGCAGCUGCAGAGGUUUGAGGUUUAUGGAGACAGGCAGAUUCAGUUUCCUCUGUAAAUUUGGAUUCAGACACAAAUACAAACAUCCUGAAUCCCUCCAAGAUGUUCAUUUUAGUUUAAAAAAAUUCCUUUGUUGGUUUAAUUUGAAAUAAGGGUAGUUUAUCUUUGAAUUUCCAUUCCUAAGUUUCCAUUUUCUACAAUUUUCUUUUUCCCUGGGCGUAAUGUUUAUGCAGUAAAAAAAGAAAGGGCCACUCAAAGGAAAAGGGGACACAUGAGAAUUCGGACACAAAGCUCAAGAGCAUGACAUAACAGAUUGUCUUGCAUUGGACCAACAACUCUGUGUCAUGAAUAUUUUUCACAUGAAAACAUAAGGGCUUGUCCUGGUUAAUUUCU